GUUUUAAAACUUCGCGCGGUCUUGUGAUGCCAGUAGUACGCCACGUGUGCCAGGAGGUGGCGCCAGCGUGAACGUACAGACGCGACAGAAGUAUUCGUAACUCGAAUCCAAUGAGUACGUUUUCUCAGCUUUCCCGUGUCACGGUGUCGCGAGCACGUCUGUCGUUGACGCUCGCGGUGUCGGUUGGUUUUAUCUAAUCUGUGGAUGAAAAUUAAAUUCCGUGAGUGUUAGUACCGGUCACAAGUGUUUGGUUGAGCGUGCAUGAAUUGCACGAGAUCGGAAGAGUCGGUCCGAGAAACAGAGAAGAGGACGAAUGACGAGGCCAGGCAACGGGUAAGAGACGAGCACGGGAACAGACAGAGAAAGAGAAAACAGUGGGGAGCAGGAGACACGGAACGAAAAGAGAGACAGAGAAAGAUAGAGAACGAAACGAAAUAGCAAAAGAAAGAAGCUAGAAGUGUGUCGGGCCAGUGUAUCGAGGAAAGAGCUGGGAAAUCUUGCUUUUCCUCUUCGUACGGCUGGAUCGAAGGGGCAGAGGGUGUGCGGGUGGGUGGGGUGCCAAAAAGAGAGAAACAGAAACGAGACAGCUCGAAAAAGGAAGAAGUAAUACAGCCACGAAGGGUGUACGAGCUGUGCGUCUCGGGGAGGGAAGAGUAUUGUGUCGACAAACGAGAGUGUGAGAAAGAGACAGUGCGGUGCCGUGUAAACAUACAUCCUAUUGCCGUGAGUGCGUGCGCGAGUGGCAAUCAGCGACGACUUAACAUCAUCGUCGUCGUCGUCGUCGUCAUUGUCGUUGAACGCCGUCGUUGUCGUAAUCGUCGAGAUAGUGCAAAACUGUGUGGUCGUCGUCUCCUUUUAACAACUAAAGGAGACGUUAACUUGUCGAGACAAACGUACGAAAAAUCGACCAACUAACGUGUUUAUCAAUCGUCACGGUGUAUGACACGCGUAUGAAACUUCAUCACAAAUGACAGUCCAUCGAGUGAGAAGGGAAGUCGAGUGCUGGCUGGAUUCGUCUGUCUAGCGGGCAAAGCGCGACACGAGAUGCAUCGGAGGGUGGGGUACAGCAACUACGAUGGCAAGAUUGCCGGCCUCUACGACCUGGAGGAGACGCUUGGCCGUGGUCAUUUCGCCGUAGUAAAGCUCGCCAGGCAUGUUUUCACCGGUGAGAAGGUCGCAGUGAAGGUCAUCGACAAGAGCAAACUCGAUGAGGUUUCGAGAGCACACCUUUUUCAAGAGGUGAGAUGCAUGAAGCUGGUGCAACAUCCGAACGUGGUCAGACUUUACGAGGUGAUAGAUACGCAAACGAAGCUCUAUCUGAUCCUCGAGCUUGGCGAUGGCGGCGACCUCUACGAUUACAUCAUGCGCCAUGACAGCGGCCUCAGCGAGGAGGUGGCCAGAACGUACUUCCGGCAAAUAGUCAGAGCCAUAUCGUAUUGCCAUCGAUUGCAUGUGGUGCACAGGGACCUGAAACCCGAGAACGUGGUCUUCUUCGAGAAACUCGGUACCGUGAAGCUCACCGAUUUCGGAUUUAGCAAUAGAUUCUGCCCUGGCCAGAAGCUCGAGACUUCCUGCGGUUCCCUUGCGUAUUCGGCGCCGGAAAUCCUACUUGGCGAUAGUUACGACGCUCCUGCCGUUGAUGUUUGGUCACUAGGCGUAAUUUUGUACAUGCUAGUGUGCGGUCAAGCGCCUUUCCAAGAGGCGAACGACAGCGAGACCUUGACUAUGAUCAUGGACUGCAAGUACUCGAUACCGCCACACGUAUCCGACGGCUGCAAACGUUUGAUCGCGAGGAUGCUCGUUAGGGAGCCAGAGGGCAGAGCGACGCUCGAGGAAAUAGCAGCUGAUCCUUGGCUGGCCAUUGGACCCGACUUAGAUUCGGUGGAAGCGCUGCCUUUGGUCUCGAGACAACAGGUGUCCGAUGAUCAUCAUAAUCAUAUAAUAACUAAGAUGGUCAACGGGAACAUUGCCACCAAAGAAGAAAUAUUGGAAGCUCUGGACAAGAACGAGUACAAUCACAUAACAGCAACGUAUUUCUUGCUAGCGGAGAGAAAAUUACGAGCUCAUCGUCAGGAACAGGUGCAAAAGACACGUCCGGAAAUCCUCGAAGUAUCGCCUAGCCGGCAAGAUGACGUGGCCACUAAUAUGCGUACCGACCAAAAUUCAUUGAGCACAGUUAACCAAUCGCUGUUGAGUGUGCCACGGACACCGGGUGACGUGCCUCAGAAUAUUCGAACGCGGAAGUGCAGCAUCGUCCAGGAGGAAGAAGACGAGGACGAUGUAUCCUCGUGCUCGGGUCGCGACGAGCGCGGCAGUAAUUCCACAUUAAACUCGUUCAAUCGCCGUGGUUCCCGAUCCGAGGGUAAAUUAUCGCACAUCCUGCAAGAGAGGCUAGCUCAACUUCCGGAAAAACCGAAUCACAAGCCUAUAUCGUCCCAGCGGAACUCGCAAAAGGACAUUAACGUGAUUCCUGUAAUCACAGACGGAGAGGAGCGACUGAUGUCUAGUCCAAAAAGCGGAAACAGUGAUUCCUCGUCACCUGUCCAACAGAAAUCGGGGGUCAGACCUCAAGCGAGCAAUCAGCUCGCGGACAAAGUACCUGCAACAACGAAAUUCGACUCCACGAAUCAAGAGAACCUGAAAAAUCGUUUCGACGAUUCGUUGCCCGGCUGGUCGAGAAGAGGAUCUUCGGAAAACAGGCCGAAAUCGGUAUCAGACUGUUUAAAAUCGAUGGGACCUGUCCCAGCCAACAAAUGGAGGAUGGGAUCGCAACACCGAUCAUCUGCUUCGUCGCUGGAUUCUUCGUUGACGAUGAGUCCGUCGAAACCGUCCGAAACUAGCACGACGACUACCACGACCACUAUCCUAACAGAGUCAUCCACAGUGUCGAUUCCUCUAAGACCAUUGACGGGGCUCAACGAUAAUCUAUCGUUGACGCCUAAAUAUAAGACCAUGCCAUCACCAGGAAGUACUGGUUCCACGUCUACACCAUUAAAUGAAAUUCUAGAAGACGGAGAUGCGUUGCCUCUAUCCGGCAGCGAGAGCGGUGGUUCCAAGUGUCGGGUAGUCAGAAGAACGGGAUACGAACAGCGAAAGAGCAAGUUUCACAAGACGCGUACAACUUCCUGCUCGAGUUCUGACGCUAGUGACGAUGACAGUGAGAGUAGGAAGAAAAGGGCACACAAAUUGAGCACCUCUGCGAGUAAAUCGAUGUCUUCUCGUCGUGACAGUCACGACGAUUCUAGCGAUUCGCAAGAUCCUGGAGGGAGUGGCGGUGGGGGUGGGGGUGGUGGAGGUGGAGGAGGCGUAGGAAACGGGGAGCAUACAACGGAAACACCACCAAGUGAAACGAAUCGCAAAGACAACGGAAACAACACCACUACCACAACGACUACAACGACCGGAGGAAGACAUCGGUGCUCGGAAAAUCAGGUUAUAUUCGGCAGAAGACAUCGGGCAGGUAGGAGAAGAGCCGGCGAAACGCGACUACGCGAGAGCCAGUCUUUAAACCGCAUCACUGAAGUCCAAGAAGCGGAAGGACCUUCGGCGUGUCACAAUCAUCACGUGUCUCGCAACUCCGCUGUUCUAGGAGUUCAAAGCAUGUCCUCCUCGUCGUCCUCGGUGUCGCAGAGUAGUACAGGCUCUCAUGGAGUUCCUCAGCCCUUGUCUCAAGCAGCAACGACAGUUCAAAAGGCCAAAGGUUUCGGGGCAAGGCUUCUGCAAAGUUGGUCCCUCAGCGCCGGCAAGUCCUCGUUAUCUCAGCCGUCGAAUAAACACACGAAUUGUAGCCCCAACGGCAGAUGUACCAAACAAGAAGCGCAACGGGAUGCUUGUCAGAGGAUCGAGAUGUGCGACGAAAGGGAAUUGAAUGGUGGCUCGGUUAAUCAAAUACCGUCCAACGAUAAAGAAAAUAGAAACGGGUCGAUGAAUAGGAACGAUUGCAAGAACAGGAAAAUCCGGUUGCUUAGUCGAUAUUUCGCUGUGCAUAAGAAACUUUGUGUUCCAUUGCCAGGAUUAUUCGGUAAAGGGCGGUUGUACAAGGCUCGAUCUUGCGGUAGCAUUGCUCGAGACCGUGUCAGUCCACCGUCGCCGAAAUCUAUGUUGUUUUGCGCCACAGCCGACGACAAAUGGCGGGAUCGUCGGCAAUGGUGCGACGUGAAGCAUCAGCAUCGUGGCAGCGAUGGGGACAUCAAUCAGAACUUGGGUCUGUCGCAUCUGGUUCAAGAGAGCGUGGUAGGUAAAGGUUGCAGCGCGUUGCCCGCGAUUUGCCACAUCCACCUGGGCGAUGCAUCCAAAUGUUGUAGUCUCUGUUGAUGAAUCUGCACGGCGAGUAGAUUGAUGCACAAAUGACGACGGAGAAAGACACCGUGGGUCGCGUAAUUUUGACCUGAAGUCGCUGGAAUCAUGGUCCAAGCGACCGAGUAGACGAGAAUCGUCACUGUUCCGUGACGAGUAAUGAUUGCUUGCGAUCAGGAAAUGGAGAGGAGGCGCGAAGAAGAAGACGCAAGGGAACGUAAGGAGACGUAAAGAGAUACGAUUAUUACGAAGUGCAAUCAAUUUCAUGAUGGUCGUUUUGCGUGCAGAGAGGGAGAAAGAAGAAGAUAGAGGGAAAAGGAGAGUGGAAGAUGAUGGAAAGGAAGAUAGACGUGGUGUGACACGAUUAAACGCAAGAUAAGGAGGAUCUUCUGUACGCGAUGCGUCGUGUUGAUCGUGUAAUUAACAACCGCGGUCUCUCAGCCGAUUAUGCAGCACGCGUCACAAUGGUCAAUGUAUUCAAUCGAUCGUGUCAUGUCCCCUCUAGUAGAUCGAUGCUGUUCCACCAGUAUCCCGAUCCUAUCCUUUUCAAACGCGACGCGUAAUCGAAAGAGACUAGAAUAUAAUAAGGGUCAUGUCGGAGAGGGAGAGAGCGUUAUCGAUCGAUCUUUCGCUCUGCGGGAAGUGUAUCUAGUCCGUGUGAACAAACCUAUAUUAAAAAUUACAGAGUUUAUUAUUAUUAAUAUUAUUAUUAUUGAUAUUUUAUUAUUAUUAUUAUUAUUAUUAUGAUUAUUAUUAUUGACUAUAAUUAUUAAUAUUGUCAUUCUCUUAGUUAUUGUAAUGCAGACAUCGACCAAAUCGCACGCAGAGUCGCGAGGAAAAAAAAUCGUCUAACGUCCAUGGACAUUGGAAUCUCGCAACCUCGAAGAUUCUUCCUCUUUGUUCCGCUUUAUUUAUCUGCCUAUCUCCCUCCAUUUAUCCUUCUCUUUACUCCUGUUCCUUCCAUGGAUUGCGAUCUUGCUACUUUUUCCUACGUGUAACGUAGAAUAUAUUCGUGGCUGUUGCACAGUAGCCUGCUCCAGGAGUGAGCAAAACUCGUGUUUCCUUCAUCGAGGGAGGCUAUACUUCUAUAUGUAACACGCUAAUCGAUUAAGCUUAUGCGUAUAGCGUAUCGAUCGAGGAACGUCUUCUGUGGUGCUAUAUGCGAAGAUCUGACGCGACGAAGAAAAGACAACAAAGGAAAAUGGAAGAUAUUGAAUUUUUUUAAACUCCUUUUUUAUAUUAUUAUUAUUAUUAUUAUUAUUAUUAUUAUUAUUAUUACUAUUAUGAUUAUUAUUAUUAUUAUUACUAUUAUUACGUCCUAGGGGAUAAAUACGAUGAUACGAUACGAAUGGAAAUGAUGGAAGAUGCAUAGGAAAGGAAGCAUUGAAACUCUUCAAAAGAAAGUUUGAAUGUGAAAAGUUCUAAACUUUCAGUUUUAUAGAGUGCUCGAAUAACAGAAAAAGAAACAAAGUGACCUGAAUAAGAGUAAAGUUACUGCUACAACUUUUAAAGUAAGGUACAAGGUUUAAGGAAAUAUAUAACUUUGCUGCCACAAGGGCAUAAAAAUCAAAAAGUUUUGCCCAUCGAUCACUGUUAGUUAAAUCAAUGAACAAGAGACUGCUAUACUCGACUAUUUUUUUUUUUGAACUAUAAAUCAUAGUUAUAAAUCAAAAGAAAAGCUGUUCUUCAAGAAGAUUCAAUAUUCUGAUACCAAAGCGACAAUAUAAAGAUCUGGAAAUUGUUUGAAUUGAAAAAAGAAAUGAAAUCUCCUAGGACAAAUUUUCGUAAUUGAAAGAUCUGUAUAUGCACGAUUUCUUCUCGUCGUCAAGUUCAAGAGACGAUCCUCUUCAUCCAUCGAAGCUAUUGGCAGCAAGUGUCAGCGCGCUUGCCGGCUGAGCGCAUACUUCAUUCUUCAUCCUCUUCAUUCUGAACGUCAUCGUCAUCGUUGCCGAAUGCACGCGUUCAUUUUGUUGGAGAACGCAGGAUGAUUGUUGCUUCAUGAGAAAUAUUUGCUGAAACAAAUGUAACUGUAGAGUAGAAUGUGUAACUGGGAAUUUAUCCAUGACAAAAUACGCUCCUUUUCUGCGUCGAUCAAUAAAGUUGCUGAAGAUUAGGUCAGAUAGAACUUUGUGAAACUUCACGGAACUUUGUAAAUUGUUUGCUUCGAAUAUAGAACGCGGGCCAUUCGGCAGAAUUCUCGUUGAACUUAAGCGAUGUACGUGCACACGCUUUUUCACCUUUUAUAUAUAUAUAUAAAAAUAUAUAUAUAUACAUAUAUGUCGCCAUGAUGAGGUGGUGCAUCGAUUGAAGAUCGAAAUUGUGUAUUUAUUUUAAUAGCAUAAUAGAAAAAAGUUAAUUAUAUUUAACCCCUUGUCUUUGAACAUUAAGUAAUACGUGAUAAUGAUUGAUAAAUUUAAGAUAAAUUUAAUAAGAUUUAUGUUGAAUUUUUUAUUUUCAAUGUUUCAUUAUAAAUAAAUUGUUUAAGUUACACAUGAAUAAUAUUUUUAUAUUAUUCUCAUGUUAACAUUAACUAAGUAAUUACUAAAGUACAAGGGGUUAUAAAGAAAUAAAAUAUGUUGAAUAUUUCGUAAAUUUGUAUUUCUAGGACUUAUUACGUAAGCGAUACAUUUUUAGAAAAGAUAUAUUUCUUUCAUACUGGAGUUUAAGGAUUCAUUGAUACUACUAAUAUAAUAAUUGAAGGAUUUAUAACAAAUACAAUUCUUGUCAAAUUUUAAUUAUGAUUUGAUUUAAUAUUUUAUUAUUAUUAUAAUUUGAUUUUCUAAUAAAGAAAAUUCAAAUUUAUUGAAUGAAAAAAAAGCGAAAAAUAUUUUUUAUUAUUGAAAAAAAUAAAAAUUGACAAGUAUCGUUUUUCUGUAAAUUCUUCAAUUCUUCUUAACUGAUAGAUGUUUUCUAAGAAAGAGUUACUAAGUAAUAAUGCUGAAUAACUAUUUGCUCUAGUUGUGAAUCACUGUCAGUAUUUCUUACCGCAAUAUAGUGCGUUGUGACACUCUAAACAUAUCUAUAACAAUUUUUCAAUAUCUAGAUAGAGUCGUAGGAAUCGUUUGUGCCAUUUAGUCUCUCUCUCUUUUUCUAAAUUCACUGUAUAUGAUAUAUAACUAUUGUUCGUUGACAUAACACAAUCUAAUUCUAGAUAUUCGUAUAAAUUUAGAAUUGAAAUUUAAUAUCACAACAGGGACCACAUCAUCGCAGUCCAAAAUUCGUCUCAUUGCUUUCAUAGAUUAGAGGAUAGAACGAAAAAUUAGGAUAGAAAUAAUAUAGUUAUUUUAUACGUAUAAUGUUCCUUUCUUCUUAAUGAUCUUACUAUACAUUUUACCUUUUUACAAUUUUCGAAAAUAUUCGAAAGUAAGUAAUAUCUAUAUUAGUUAGUAUUGAUGAAAAUCCGAGAAUGAAAAUCUUUUCUAAAAGAGAAUUGCUUAUACUCGAAGUCCUCGAAUGCUAAUUAUUAUUUAGUUCUAUAUUCACGGAAAUCUAAAUUUUUAUACGUUUAGUGGAUACUAUAUUUUUAUUGUCUAUUAUGUUAUAACAGAAUUUUAAAAUGCCCCUUUCUAUUAUUCUCUAUUCUUCUAUAUUUUUCUCCUAUUCACUUGCAUUCAUUAGUAUAUAUAUAAUUAAUUUUAGAUUAAUGAUUAAUUAAUAAUGUUUUAUGCUCGAAUAAAUAAUAAUUUCAAGCACGAGACAUUAUUAAUUAAUGAAUAAAUUAGUAUGUAUUAUAAAUUUUUUCUUAUAACUUUUUAGUAACUUUUAUUUUGUUUAUAUCAUACACGUAUCAUUACACUGAAUGUGUUAAUCCAAUAUUAAAAAAUCAACGUUUCCCAAUAAUAUUUAGAUUUGCGUAUUUUCAAAGCAAAGCCGACAAUCCGAUCUUCGAUUCUCGAAUAGCACCUCAUUAAUAAUUCGACGUUUCAUGUCCCUCCUGAGUAGGCCAAGAGCGUUUGUAUGUACCUAAACUGUACAUCAGGUGUACGAAUCUAUGCGUAAAACUGUAUGUACCGAGCCAGAUAUUUUUUAGUAAUACAAUAUUUAUUGUACGUCAUGUAAAGAAAGAAAGAGAGAAUGAGCGAGCGAGAGAAAGAAAAAAAAAAAGGACGAUCUUUUCCAAUCGUCACUGCCGACGAUCGUCAAUCCCCUCCCCCUUUUUCGCUUUUUUCUUAUUAAUAUAACUUCUCUCACCCUCGUGUCGUCACUUCGAAAACAAGAUCGUUUGCUUCCUCCACAAAGACUGAGCAAAUCGUACAAUAAAUUUCCAUAAUCGCUUGAAUGCCUUGUGUCGUACGAUGACGAUGACUCGACGAGACCAAAAAAAAAAAAAAAAAAAAAAAAGAAAAAGAAACAAA